AUGGAAAAUUCACCAAAUAUAGAUGUGUCACCAAUGGAAGAGGUAAUGCUAAAACGAAUAUUAGCCAAUCCAACUGUUGAAGGUGUUAUCGUCACAAAUGAACAAAGACAACUUCAAUAUACAUCAUUAAAUAAUAAUGUAACAUUUUUUAUAGCAUCAAAGUUACUUUCAUUUGGUGAUAUUGCGCGAUCGGCUAUUCGUGAUAUUGAUCCAGACGAUAAUCUAUUAACAUUUCGUCUUCGAACGCGAGAAAAAGAAAUGAUGGUUAUUACACCUGUUGAUGGUAUGCAAGUAAUCGGUAUACAAAAGAUUACUUCAUCGUCAUCAAUAUUAGCAAAACAAAAACAAGAAAAUGAAUAUAAUGACAAUUUUGCACAUGAAGACUUAAUGCAAGAUGAAAGAACAGAUUCCAUCACCAAAUAA